AUGAAGGAUCUGCUCGACCAAUCCGUUCGCGCAUCCCUCGACAGCUGUUCAGCGAACAUCUUCCAUCGCCGAAGCUCCCGGCCGUUCUCCACCUGGUAUGGUCCGCCGGUAGUCAAAGAUGCGGACAUCAAGAGGUAUGUGGAUUUGGUGCUAGCAGAUCCCAGGAGCCAAGUCAAUGAUCCCGCAGUGCCCGACUUUAUCGAACGUGAAGUCUACUUUGUGGUGGUUCGUUUCGUCUUGCAGAUGGUCCACUAUGCUUUUGGCAUCGUGGACCAGCGGGCUCUUUUUGGCCAGACUCUGUACAUGCUGCAGUAUCCGGAGAAGCAAAGCUCAGGUCUACAUCGGUCAGAUGUCGAGCUCACGCCCGAGAUGAUCAACUUCUUCAUGCGCGAGGUGGUCUUUCAAGCCAAAGGCGACACAGCCAUCAUCAACCCCGCUACCGACAAGAUCGUCUACAAGAACGCGGUUAAGUUUGCCUUGAGGCUGGUUCUUGAUAUGGUCUCCUCCGUACGACUUUCUGCCUGCGGGUUGCGAAUCCGCCUCGACGUGUCGGCGGAUCCCAAGACCGCAAGGAAAGCUCUCAAGCAGGGUCACCUGGACCUCGCACCCUUUGAAAAGUCUUGUGAGCCAUUGAUAGAAGACUUACUGUCUCAGCGAACCUUGCCUGUGCCGGGUGGGCUGCAGAAAGCUCUCUACAAGAACCUCUUGCGUACUCUGGCAUUUUGCGCCGCUGCAACUGUGAAGUCAUCAGAACUGGACAUCUUUGGGAUCUGUGUGGAUCCCAAGUUGGGUAGAUAA